CUCAGAAAAGGAGGACCUUACUCAGGAACGAUGUCCAUUCAGCAGAAAUCAAAGGAAAAUUCCUCUAAAGUUAUUAAAAAAAAUGAAGAUAAGAAUUUAGAAGCACAAAAUCAAAAUUCUCAAAAGAAUCUAGCAAAAAAAUCAGGUCCAAAGGAAACCGUAAAGUCAUUGGUUAAAUCUUCCAGUGAAAGUAAAAUAAAUCAGCCUGAACUGGGGACAUGCAUGAGUACAAGGUCAGCAAAGGCAGCGUCUAGUGAUCAGAAGGCUACUAAACCCAUUAAUAGUACCAUGAUGACUGUAAAAGGACAUUCGCAACAAGAAUCUGCAAAAAAGAAAAAAUCAUCUCAGAAAAAAUCAAUAUAUGAAACCCUUAAGUCAAACGAACAGCUUAACCGGAGAUCACAAAGACUACAACAGUUAACAGAGGUGUCAACAAGGUCUUUGCGCAGUAGAGAAAUUCAGAGUCAAGUUCAAUCAGUUAAACAGAGUUUACCACCAACAAGAAAAGAGCAUAGUAGCAAUAUGCAAAGUAAAUCUAAAGUUAAAGCAAAUAAAAAACAUGUGAAAAGAAAAAUACUGGAUAUAAUACCUGACUCUAAAGAAGAUGAAAAUCCGGUAAUUAAUGAAGUAAUAAAUUCUCCCAAAGGAAAAAAACGCAAAGUAGAGCAUCAGACAGCUUAUAUUUGUAGUUCUCAGAACAAACAAGAAUCUGAAAAGUGUCUUCAGAAGACUGAUAGAAAAGAGGAUAUAAAACCUGUGCCUGUAACUUCUUCUGAGGUAAAAAGAUCAAACAUGGCUGCUUCAUUGGUCUCUAAAAAAAGUGAGAAGGCCAAGUCAGUUAAUACCCAAGUGAAUGCUUGUGCAAAAUCCCAAAAAUGUCCACAGCCAUCAGUGCCUGAACAAAGCAUAGAAAAUGAGCUGGAGCAAGCAAGAAAGAGCAAACGAGGUAGCAUUCUCCAGCUCUGUGAAGAAAUUGCUGGUGAAAUUGAGUCUGAUACUGUUGAGGUAAAAAGAGAAUCUUCACAAAUGGAAGCUACAAAAGAGGAGAAGCCUACAGAAAUAAAAUUGGAGGAGACUGAUGUUGAAAGACAAAUACUUCAUCAGAAGGAAACAAAUCAGGGUGUUCAGUGUAAUCGUUUCUUCCCCAGUAGGAAAACAAAGCCUGUGAAAUGUACACUAAAUGGAAUAAACAGCUCAACUAAGAAGAAUUCCAACUGGACUAAAAUUAAACUCUCGAAAUUCAACUCUGUACAGCAAAAUAAAUUGGACUCUCAAGUUUCCCCUAAAUUGGGCUUGUUAAGAACCAGUUUUUCACCACCAGCUUUAGAAAUGCAUCAUCCAGUGACUCAAAGUACAUUUUUAGGGACAAAACCACAUGAUGAGAAAAACAUAACUUGCCAUCAUGAAAAAAUGAAAGAAAUUAAUUCUCAAGAAGUUAAAAGUAAUGAUAUUACAGUUGAAAUUAAUAAAACCACAGAAGGGGAUCCUGAAAAUUGUCAUUUGGAUAAUCAGAUAAAACCUUCUACUGAACCACCAUUGGAUAAUCAGAUGAAUCAUUCUUUUGAAUCAACACCAGUUAAGAAUUUCAGUCUGUGUUUGGAAUCCAAACUUGAAAACAGUCCAGUGGAAACCACCACUGCUGUUUCAACUCUGCUUCUUCAGGCAAAAAUUGAUACAGGCGAGAGUAAAUUUCCAGGUUCAGCUUCCAAACAGCACAGUAUACUCAAUAACCACACAUUUAAAACCAGUGAUAACAGGGAAAUACCAACAAAUCAUUCUUGGCCUAAGUGCAGUUCCCAUUUGGAGAUAAAAAUUCCAAAAGACUUGAAAUUAAAAGAAGCAGAGAAAGCUGAUGAAAAACAGUUGAUCAUAGAUGCAGGGCAGAAACGAUUUGGAGCAGUUUCCUGUAAUGUUUGUGGAAUGCUUUACACAGCUUCAAAUCCAGAAGAUGAAACUCAGCAUCUGCUGUUCCACAACCAGUUUAUAAGUGCUGUAAAAUAUGUGGGCUGGAAAAAAGAAAGAAUUCUUGCUGAGUACCCUGAUGGCAGGAUAAUAAUGGUUCUUCCUGAAGACCCAAAGUAUGCCCUGAAAAAGGUUGACGAGAUUAGAGAGAUGGUUGAUAAUGAUUUAGGUUUCCAACAGGCUCCACUAAUGUGCUAUUCCAGAACUAAAACACUUCUCUUUAUUUCUAAUGACAAAAAAGUGGUUGGCUGCCUCAUUGCAGAACAUAUACAGUGGGGCUACAGAGUAAUAGAAGAGAAACUUCCGGUUAUCAGAUCAGAAGAAGAAAAAGUCAGAUUUGAAAGGCAAAAAGCCUGGUGCUGCUCAACAUUGCCUGAGCCUGCAAUCUGUGGGAUCAGUCGAAUAUGGGUAUUCAGCAUGAUGCGUCGGAAGAAAAUUGCUUCUCGCAUGAUUGAAUGCCUAAGGAGUAACUUUAUAUAUGGCUCAUAUUUGAGUAAAGAAGAAAUUGCUUUCUCAGAUCCUACUCCUGAUGGAAAACUGUUUGCAACACAGUAUUGUGGCACUGGUCAGUUUCUGGUAUACAAUUUUAUUAAUGGACAGAAUAACACCUAAAACAAAUUCUUGCCUACAGUAUUAGAAGACAUCUACUGAAGAGAAUGGAUUGGUUGCUGACUCUAACCAGGAACUAGGGCCAUUUUUAUUACAGUGAACUCAGGACUGGCAACAACCAUAAGGUUGUUCCAUUUUCAUAGAAUUGGAAACAAUGCAGUAAUAGCUUAUUAUUGUUUUGUUUUUUAAAGAAGAUAUUUUAUUAUCUUUUACAGAAAUUUAUGAUUAAUGUAUUUUAUCUAUAGUUCCAGACAUGUUUACAUGCAGCAGAUAAUUGUUCAUAGUGGACUGAAAACUAAUGCAAGGACUAUGGUCUCAGUGAUAAGUAUAUUUUGAAGUUCUUAAUAUGGAAAUAUACCAGUGUGGUUUGGUACUGUAUUUUUUAUAUUGAUCUUCUGAUACCAGUUACAGGUUUAAAGAUUGUAUUUUCAUAGAGCAGAAACCAAUGUUUUUGAGUUAUUAUUCAAGGGGGGGUGCAAUAUUAGGUGUUCAGAAAACUGGAACUAAUUCUUACAAAGACUGAGGUAUACUUUGGAUGAACCUCCAUGGAAAAGGAAAGCUCCAAAUAAGCAGGAAUAAUUUGGAAUAUUGAGCUUUUUCUUCCAUUUCUCUUUCCUAUCCUUAGUGGCAGGAAGAAGUGGAAAUGGAUAAAGAAUUGACACUCUCCUUCUUGGAGAGCUAUAAAUUACUAAAAUAAGAAGGGUAUCCUGCAAAAAUCAUUCUUCUUUCAUUCUGGUUCCACUUUUUAAAAUAAAUGGCAACCUGGCACACUUAGGCUGUUAAUAAAUCCCAAAGAGGUUUAUGAAAAUCUGUGGAAUAGUUGCAAGCUAAAUAUGGAUGACUUGGUAUCUGCUUUCUUAUUCCUCAGAAAUACUGCACUGAGUAUAUGCCCUCAUUACCGGACUUCACUUUGAUACUUGUCUAUCCUUCAUAGCGCCCUCUGCUUUUAAAGGGUUUAUAUGUUGAAAAACUGCUGUGGCCUUUUACGAUCUGUAUAUAAUGUAGAAUAAAAUAAUAAAGUACUUCAUAGCUUUUUCUAAGUGACAGAUGUACUAACUAAAAUAGUGGUGUGAGAAGUGUGUCAUUUGUGCUUUUUCAGGGUGUUUCUUAGGUUUGAUACCUUGAAAUAUGAUUAAAACACUGGCUUCUUAAAAGAUAGCUUUUACUGGUUUGCCAAAGGAUUGCUUUGUCAGCAACAACUCAGCUGAACUUUAUAUCUCUAAUAGGCAAAAUCUUUUCUGACUGGUUUAGUAACAUGAUGGUUUUCUGGUCUUUUGAAGAAUUAAUAAAGGUAGCUUUAUAACAGCUCAAGAAUCAGGUACCACUAUGGUUUAACUCUGAUUAUUUUUAUGAGCGGAAAUGGUAUCUCCUCUAAAAACAAGCAAAAUUUCAGAUCUUAAUUAAGAUUAUUAGAUAGGUAUACUUUUUAUCCCUCUAUAGAUUUAUACCUUUAUUAUUUGUAGAGUGGCAUAAGAAGCCUCUAAUAACGUUUAUAUGGGUGAAAUGGUAAAGGCAUUGUAAACAUUUCCUUCUUGACUCAUCAUGAUGGUCUGGCUUUUGAUAUUACCAUUUAUUUUCCUUCAGGUUUGAGACUCUUCUAAUCACCCCUGGUUCCCAUUGUUUACCUGACAGAUACCAUGAUUUUAUAAAACAGGAUGAAAUUUUGGGUAUAAUUUUUGGUUAUGUUAAUUUCAUAAUACAGGUCCAAUUUCUAUAUAAGCCAUAGUAUACUUCUUUUCGCUGGUAAGCCAAACUCAGUGGUUUUAAGGAGCCCUGGGGGUAGGGAGUAUAUAUGGAUUGGUUGGUUUAAAUGUUACCGUUACUGGAAAAAAACAUUUAUUUUCAUCUUUUUUUUGAAGACACAGCUCCUCAAGUUUUAUAGGCUAGGUAUUUCUCUAAGGAUAGUAUUACAUCACAUAUGAGUUUUUGUUAUGUGCAAGUCCCUACGUUAAGUGCUGCAUUAUUUUAUUUAAUCAUCAUGACAACCCUUUGAGGAGGUAGGGUUUGCAAAUGAGGAAUCUGAAACUUGAAGAUAAUUAAGAGACUACUGUAGCAGUCUGUGAGAAAGAUGUUGAAACACUGAACUAAAGCUGUGAUGUGUGAAGAUACAGAAACAGAUAAACCUUGAAGAGUCACAAUAAAGAACUGAUAGGACUUGAUAACUGACUAAAGAAGGAUCAUGGGAAAGAAUCGAGGUAAUUGGGAAUCUUGGUUUAGGUAGUUGAAUAGCUGAAUUGACUGAGAAGGGAAUACAAGAGAAUUAGGCUAGGAGGAUUGAACAUGGAAGGAUGAGCUCGGCUUUGGUCAUUAUUUUAAGUUGCUUGCAGAAUCUCCCAAGUGGAGAUAAUCAUCACUUGGACAUGUGGAUCUAGAAGUUGAGAGAAGUUUAAAAUGAUCAAAUAAAUUUAUGAGUUUAGUUAUUUCCAGGUUUAGAAAAGAUCACGUGUUUUCUAAACUGGGAAGGUGAAAUAGAGUUGUGAGGACCACCACUGAGGAGUAACUGAGAAGGCAUGAUGCAAGGUAAGAGAACCAGAAGAGUAGUAGAAGAAACAAAGGGAAGUUUCAAGAAUUAAAGAAUGGGCAACACCAUCAUACCACAUUUGAAGACUGGGAAGCACAGGUGACUUUAGAAAAGGAAGAGCAGUUUCUGUGGAGUGAUGGAGGCAGCAGUGGACAUGGUAAGUAAGUAUACACACUAAUGGCCACAAACUUCAAAAGAGGUUGAUUAUAUAAUUGCUGAUUAUAUAAAUGGUGACAAUAAGUUUUUUUGUCAGCUGCCCUCAAAUAGGUGUUGGUUCAUUUAAAAAAAAAACAAAAACAAAAAAACUAGUAAAUAGAUUUCAGGAACCAUGAGAUUUUAUGGGGAAUUUAGUGACUAAGACAUGUAUGGCCCUUGUCUGCAUGAAUAUGCAGUGGUUUUAGUUUAUUUUGCAAUAAUUAUAAAAAUCAGUAUUUUACAAGAGUGAACUUGGUGUAUCUAGUAAAAGCCUAACUACCUUAACAUCAGGGACUACAAUAGACAUGCAGUGAUAUUUUAAUUGUUUUUGCUUACUUUGCAUGACUGCCCAGCUAUCUAGUCUUAACCCUCUGGAUAGGAACAUAGCCAUAUUCCACCAAGGAGUAAGAUUGUCAGGUUGAUUUCUGAGGGAGUGACUACAUCUUCUACCUAUUCUCAUGGCUCUUGAGCCUUCUGGCAAAAAAAAAAAAAAAGAAUAUAUAGUGGAACACUUGUAGUCUCUACCCUAAAUCUUUUGUCAUACUAAAUAUUUAUUUCCCCUCCUGUGGGUAAAAGCCUGAGCCUCUGGCCUAGGAAGAGUGUUUCCAUGGGUUAUAUAUCAAUAUCUUUUUUUUUUUUAAAACCACUUUUUACAUAUUUGAAAGGCAUUGUUUGGGGGACAAAGUUAUUUCUACACAAAAGGUAAAAUUAGAGUUUAGAAAUAAAUCAGAGGUUAACAAUGUUCAUUUUGUUAUCAUAACACAGUUCAACAACCCCAAGUUCUGUUUCUGACCAGGGCACCAAAGUGUGAGUAUAACUGCCAUCUAUAAAAUAAAGGAUUGUAUUGGGGAUGUACUGUGAAUAUUUCUAACAUUUCUUUAAUAAUUGUUUCUGAAUCUGUAAUCCAUAAUUAUUUGGUAAUCUGCAAAUGGGCAUGGUCUGUGCAUAUUUUGUUUGUAUAUCUCCUUUUAUAGGCUACAGAUUUUCAUUCAACAAAUAUUUAUUUAGCACUUUCUUGGGCUGUUAUCUCAGAAUAGUAGAUAAGAGUUGCUAGGACCCUCAGUGUCAUCCAGCCUAUGAUAUACAGACUUUACAGCAUUUCUUGGACUUUCCCAGAGUCAGGGAGCUUAUUCCAUUUUUUAACAUUCCAGAUAGUCAAGAAAUUGAACUUUUUUUUUUCUUUUUGGUGGGAGGGGA